AUGCGGGCGCUCACGCAGCAGGCGGCUGGGCUCGCGAAGAAGGCAUCGGCACCUUGCACGGGCGCAGCUGCGCCCGAGCCGAAUGGCGGGCCCAAGGGGGGGCCGGGCGGAGACCAGGCCAGCCUCCACCAGAGGACCGCCUUGCAGGAGAAGGGGCGGCGCACAAAGCCACUGCAGAGCGACCACAGUGGCUUGCAGGAGCAGCUUGCGAGUGUCGCCGAGAAGAUCCAGGAGAAGCAGGAGGCCAUCGCGGCAAGCGGCGCUGAAGUGGAGGUCUCCAUGCUGGAGGCGGACAUGCUGGAGCGCGCGCUGCUGGAGGCGCGCGGCGAACGGCCGACGGCGAAGGCGAAGCUGGCCAGCGUCGCGGCGGAGGAAAUCGUCGAGUUCGAUUUCGACGAUGAGCCAUUCCAAGUUCCUGGGGCGAAGGAGGCGCUGGCAGCGUUCAAGGCCAGCCCCCACUUCGGGCAAAUCAAGGAGGCGUUGUACAAGUUCGUGGCCUUGAUCAAGGGGGAUGUCGAGCAGCUCUGGAAACAGCUCCACAAGGGCGGCCAGCAACCUUCACCAUGGACCAAGGAGCAACUCGAGGAGGCCGUCACUAGCGCGCAGAGCACGAAGCACCGCAAGACCGCAGAGAUCCCAGAGCUGCUCGAGAUGACGCGCACCUUCGAGCCGUUCAGCGCGAACAAGGGCAAGAAGACCCUGCAACGGCGGCCUCGACGGUCCACUGCAGUGGUCAUACUGGCACAAGAGAUUGGGCACGCGAUUGGUGACUGCGAGAGCCUAAACUCGCGGUUCGCAGCUCAUGGAUGGCAAUGCUAA